GCGGUCACGUGAUGUUUUUGCCGUGGUGCCGCCGAGGCCGCCCGUGUGAGUGCGAGUAGCCGGGCGCCGGCGGGAGGGUGCGGGUAGGCGGGCGGCGGGCACGCAGGCAGGCAGCGCCGGGUCUUUGGCGCCGCCCGGCUCCUCAUGCGCGGCCCGCGGCGGGCGCUUCCCCGGUGAGGGCGGGUUCCCGCAGCCCGCCCCGUUUCUCCCCUUCUCCAGACCCUGCCUGGCCCCUAAGAUGGCGAGCGGCAUGAACGGCCCGGGCGGCGGCGGCGGCGGCGCCGGCGCGGCGGUCAGGGGCGGCGAGGAGGAGCCGGGCGCCCGGCACGCAGGAGGCGGAGCCGUGCCUCAGCAGCGGGAACCCGGUGCGGCGGGCGAGGGGGAGCCGGCGGCGGGGGACGGUGGGCGCUGCCCGUCCCCGCAGCCCCACCACCUGCUGCUGCUGCUGCGGCGCUCUCCCAGCGCUUCGCUCUGUCCGCCCGCGGAGGGCCCCGCGGGCCGCGCCGCCCUGGGCCGCGGCGGGCAGCCCCCCCCUGCGGGCCGCGCCGCACCCCCGGCCUCGUCCUCCGGCGGCGACGACGUGAGGAAGUGCGGCUACCUGAGGAAGCAGAAGCACGGGCACAAGCGGUACUUCGUGCUGCGGGCCGAUAGCCCGCUGGCCCCUGCCCGGCUGGAGUACUACGACAGCGAGAAGAAGUUCAAGAGCAGCCUGCGGGCGGGGGGCGGCGGGGCGGCCCCUGUCUGCUGCCCACCGCCCAAGCGGGUCAUCCCGCUCUACCAGUGCUUCACCGUCAGCCGGCGCGCCGAUGCCAAGCACAAGCACAUCAUUGCCUUGUACACCAAGGACGAGUACUUUGCUAUGCUGGCGGAGAAUGAGGCCGAGCAGGAGGCCUGGUACGAAGCCAUCAGCGAGCUGAUGAGCCAGACCAAGAGGGGCUGCCUGGAGCAGGAGGACCAGGCGGAGCAGCAGGUGGAUGAGGAUGAUGAGCACUACGGGACCUCCCUGAGGCCUGGCACUGUCUUCAAGGAGGUGUGGCAGGUUAACGUGAAGCCCAAAGGGCUGGGCCAGACGAAAAACCUCACUGGAGUGUAUCGGCUGUGCCUCUCCAGCAAGGCUAUCCACCUCGUUAAGCUUAACUCGGAGGUGCCCUCUGUCCACCUACAGCUGAUGAAUAUUCGCCGCUGUGGGCACUCAGAGAACUUCUUCUUCAUCGAAGUGGGCAGAUCAGCCUCCAUCGGGCCUGGAGAGCUCUGGAUGCAAGUGGAUGAUUCUGUGGUGGCCCAGAAUAUGCACGAGACUUUUUUGGAGACCAUGAAAGCGCUCAAAGCCUUUGCAGAGUUUAGGCCCCGAAGCAAAAGCCAGUCUUCUGGUGGUGGUGGUGGUACCAAUCCCAUCUCCUUCAUCACCACUAGGAGGCACCUGGGCAACCUGCCCCCCAGCCAGACGGGCUUACAGAGAAGAUCGAGAACUGAGAGUGUAGUUGGAGGGACGCCUCCUACCACCAAGAGCAGCAACUCCUACCGCUUCAGGACAUCCAGUGAGGGAGAAGGAACCAUGACUAGACCUUUCAGGUCAGUGACAGGGAGCCUGAUCCACCUCAACACUGCAAGGAUGAAUUUGGGCCGGCAAGAAGGGAGUGGAAGGUACGUUAGAGCUGCAUUCAGCUCAUCAUAUCACACUAGGUCUGCUUCGCUGCCUGUGUCUCAUUUUCCCUCCACUACGAGUCCUAUCAGCGUUUCUUCCAGCAGUGGCCAUGGCUCUGCUUCAGACAUGUUGACCAGGCCUUCUAGCUCGUCUGUUUGUGGCUCUCCAAGUGAUGGGGGAUUUAUCUCUUCUGAUGAGUAUGGCUCCAGCCCUGGAGAUUUCAGGUACUUUAGGGUCCGGAGUAAUACACCGGAUUCCUUGGGAAACACACCGCCUAUCAGAGAGGAGAAUUGUCUGAGUGAGUACAUGUCCAUGAGUAAGCAGCAAGCAGACGAUAACUCAAGAGAUGAUUAUAUGGAGGCUGAAAAGUGUUUCAGAAAAAGAACUUACUCUCUAACUAAACCAACUUCGGUAGCAGUGCAGCAGAAAACAACACAAACUACAGCUUUGUUAGAUGAAGAUUCCGUAGGAAAUCAUGGACGAUUACUUUACUCUGAAACAUCAAAAUUGAAAGGUAACCAUGAAUUGGAGUACAGUGACAGUAAUCUUGAUUCUAUAUGCAACCAAAGCAGGAGUAAAGCCAGGGAUGAUGGAUACAUGCCAAUGAUGCCAGGCGUUGCGUCCUCUCUGUCAAGUAACAGCGAUUAUUUGCCAAUGACUCCUAAAAGUAUGUCUGUUCCGAAGCAGAUUAACAAUUCAUGGUCACCAUCUCAGGUCGACUCAAGAGGAUAUAUGAUGAUGUUUCCAAAGGCAAGCUCUUCACCUGUACGGAGUCCUUUAACUGGAUUUAUUUCUAAAGGUAGUAACGAGAAGAUUGUCAACAAUGAAUACAUGGAUAUGUCACCUGGUAAUUCAGCUCCAAAGCAUCCCGGUGAUUCAAAUUAUAUACAUACUAGUUCUGCUUCCAAAGGUUUCAGUUCAUAUUUUUCUUUGCCUCGAAGCUUUAAGGCAUUAACAGGACAAAAUGGUGACCACAGUGAAUAUGUUCCAAUGUCUUCACCUGGAAAACUCCUGUAUGGUGGACCAGAAAAUGUAAAAAGCACCAACAGCGAAGUUUUGUCUAACGGCAUCUCUAAGUCACCGGUGGCAAAAGGUUCAGAUGAAGGACUGGUGCAGAACAGGGCUACACGGCCAACAAGACUCCCCCUCGGUACAAGAGGGAGUAAUACUAUCCCAAGAAUGUAUGAUCGCACAGUUCCACCUGAGCCGGCAAGUCCUGGUGAAUACAUCAAUAUUGAUUUUAAUGAGAAGGCAAGUAAUACACCGUAUUCCUUAUCUGCAGAAGGAUCGCCAUCAUCUCUGGGCUCAAGUAGUGACCACAGGCAGUCCCCACUCUCAGAUUAUAUGAGCGUAGACUUGGAUGUACAGUCACCAAAAGUAGCGAAAGAACUAUCUAACUCUUUAACAGAUAUUUCAAUUUAUGCAAGUUCCAGUAUUCCUAGAAACCAACAAAAUCCUGACUAUGCUAGGCUCUCCUUUGGUACUGCAUGUGUUAGCGCUGCGAAUAACAGGACUGAUGAUUACACAGAGAUGACAUUCAACAUGGCAGCAACGCCACCUCGACCCUUUGCUGCCGAAUCCGAUGAUGGUGUAAAGAUGGAUAGUCCUUCUUCCAUAGUUAACAGACUGUGCAUUGUUGAUCGAUAUGCUGGUAGCAGUAGUUUUUCUGUUCCUAGUGCUGAGCCUCCAAUGGGACCGAAAGUUAUCCGAGCUGAUCCUCAAGGCAGGAGGAGACACAGUUCUGAAACCUUCUCUUCUGCUGGGACUGUGACGACAUCCUCCUCUUUCUUUACUGAUAGUAGCAAAAGACACAGCUCUGCCUCAUUUGAUAACGUUUGGUUAAAACCAGAUGAAAGCAUUUCUGAUGGUCAGGAAAGCAAAAUGUCCAGGGAUACCUCAACUGGAUUUCAAAAUGGCUUAAACUACAUAGCUCUGAAUUUAUGCGAUGAUCCAAUAAGCUGUGAGGCAAGUACUGGGACGCCAACUUGCCAUCUCCAAAAUGGUACUUCAAGUUUGGACAGUGGAGCGUACGUAAGCAUAGACUUCACCAGGUCUGAUGGUCUGAAGUGUAACGCUGCACGAAAAGACUGACUGCAUUGCCAUGGAAACCAUUGUUGGAAGAGAAGACUUCUGCUGGAAACUCCAGAAACUGUGUGGUGCUUUUGGAAGCCAAGCUCAGCUCCAGCCGGCUACUUUCAUUUCCACCAGCACGGACACGGACGCAUCCUUCCAAUUAAUUUUGUCAUAGACAUCAGCUCUCUACAAUUGAAUUAAUUUGAAUUGAGACUUUUCAUAGCUGUGCUUUGGUGAUGGAAAUUGGUCUUUCCUGUCAUGUCUAUCUGGGAGGCAGCACGAGUGCUAGUGGGAGAUCCUUACACGCCCUUCUCUUCCUCCUACCUCUCCCAUUAAUUUGUUUUUAUUUAUAUUCUGAGACGUCAAAGCUGGUUUCCGAUGUCUGCUUACCGUGGGUUUUGCUUCUCUGGUACGUUAACAAGUGAUUAGCUUAAAACUUAAAACAUGUUGUUAGCGGUAUUCGGGCAGUUGGGAGCUUCAGGUGGGUGGAAGGAGGGAGGGAGAGGUUGAGGGGAGAACCUGCAGGGCUGAACCGGUCUGGAAAGGAGAGACCUCUUCUGCCUUUUGUUUUGUUUUGCUUUCAUGGUACGAGAGAGACUUCUUGAUCAUAGGCUAGAGUACUUUAAAUCAAAUGUCCGUCAUGGCUUAAGCUGACUUUUUUGCUCAGAAUUUUGGUAUGUACAAAGUAGGAUUAAAUGGGCUGGUUGUCUUGUAGGUUGUUUUUGUUCUUACCCUCAUGAUACUUGUUUAUAAACAUGAAUUGUGUAAAAUGAGGUUUUUGUUCAUGCAUUCAAAUGGAGGAGUGCAGAGUCGUAUCCAGCAUUUGUGACUUCUGCGUUACAUUUGUCAGCUGUAGCUUCUUAAAGAGAAACCACCCUAAUUGAUCUUACUUUCAGCCAAAGUCCCAUCUUUAAUUUGGGACUGUUUUUGUUCGUUCUUCGUGGCAUAAUGGGAAGAAGUAAAAUAUUGGCUCUUCAGUUGUCCUUAUCCCAGUUAUAGAAGUGCAAAGAAUGAUCAUUUGACAUUUUUUAAAAAAUAAAUUGCAGAAAAAUCAGGGCUUAAGUGCUUCACUCUUGUACUGAUAUAUAUGUAUUUUUUUGGUUGAAAUGAGUUUAGGCUUUUAACACUGCUAUAAACGUAAAGAGCAUGACACUAGUUGUUGGUACAUGCCAUGUAUAAUGAAAGGCACUGAUGAUUGGAAAAGAGUAUAGAAGUGGUACAUAAAUCCUCAUGCUGUACUGCACCACACAGCUGUACUCCUCUACAUUGUAUAUUGUACAACCGAGCAGUCGGGCCGCCUCGCUCUAACAUACAACCUUUACAGUACCGGUACAGUUUGUAGAACCAGUCGGACACCGUCACUUUUGCUCGGUGGUGUUUACCCACAUCUAUUUUCGAGCAGGAUUAAAAUGUACAUGUCAAGGUUUGGUGACAACUUUUUGGGACGUGUGGUACCCAUCAGUUGAUGCAGCGUCCGGUGACGAGAAGAACUGUUGUACAGGGUUUAAAAGCACAGAGCUGAUUGCGAUUCUGGAAGAGAAGUUAAAGUUGGUACGGAUAUUUGUUGCUGCUAAACAUACACUAAUGAAAAAUAUGACCACUUUUCUAGACCAUGAUACUGUCUUGCCAUAUAGCUUUUGUUUGGUCUCGUAAAUUAAUAAUGCAAUACGUAGACAGCUUUUUAUAAAGCUUUACAUCUUUUUUAGGAAACCAUAAUUUGGAUGAAGAUAGUUCUAAACCUUUAACGUGAGAGGGAAAGGUUGUUUUGAAGAAAAACGUACAUACCUAUUUCAUAUUAGAUCCCUGAGGCUGCCAUUGUACAAUAUACAGCACUGAUUUAAUAAAUGCUGAAUAAAUAAUUAAAUGGGUAACCUCAACUAGAGUGGUACAAAUACUAACAGGUACGGCAUAAUAAAUAUGCAAUCUUUUUGAAUCUCUUAGUUUACAGCAACUAAUUUAUUCAGUAUUGUGCUGGAAGAACAUUUUCAGAAUAUGUAAAACAUAUCACUAUGUAUACUACCUUCCAGCUACCCGUUUAUGCUGCUGUAUAGUACAAAAUACCAAUGAUGGAACAAUGUUUGUCCUGUAAAUUUAAUUUGAUACUGGACAGUUAUCGUCUGUACAAACUAAAACAUAUAUGGUUGAAACUGUUCAUUAUAUUUGCUAUUCCUGCUUCACAGAUCUGUUUUAAAGUUGAGCUGAUUGAUCUGGCUUUGUCUUCCAUUGUAAAUAUUGUUAUGUUGUUUUCUUUGUAAAACACAUCGCAUCUGCGGUUCUGGGAGACUGGCUUGAAGCUCUGUAUAGUGUUUAUAUUUAUCUGACUUGGCUUUCCAUAGAGCUACUUGCAGUAAAUACGUGUUCAUGUA